UUCUCGCAUUCUCGGCUCCCCCGAUUACAAAUAAAACCCAGCACCCCACGACGCACGCCGGCACCCCAGUGAAUCAACCUCCCAUCCCCAUCCCCAUCCCGCCGCCGUAAUCCCCAUCUCGCCGUCGCCGUCGCCAUGGGCAAGAUUAAGAUCGGAAUCAACGGUUUCGGAAGGAUCGGGAGGCUCGUGGCCAGGGUUGCUCUCCAGAGCGACGAUGUCGAGCUCGUCGCCGUCAACGACCCCUUCAUCACCACCGAGUACAUGACCUACAUGUUCAAGUACGACACCGUCCACGGCAACUGGAAGCACAGUGACAUCAAGCUCAAGGAUGACAAGACUCUCCUCUUCGGUGAGAAGCCCGUUACUGUCUUCGGUGUCAGGAACCCUGAGGAGAUCCCAUGGGCUGAGGCUGGUGCUGAUUAUGUCGUGGAGUCCACCGGUGUCUUCACUGACAAGGACAAGGCCGCUGCUCACUUGAAGGGUGGUGCUAAGAAGGUGGUCAUCUCUGCCCCCAGCAAAGAUGCCCCAAUGUUUGUGGUCGGUGUCAAUGAGGACAAGUACACCUCAGAUGUUAACAUUGUCUCAAAUGCUAGCUGCACCACGAACUGUCUUGCUCCCCUAGCUAAGAUCAUUAAUGACAACUUUGGUAUUGUUGAGGGACUGAUGACCACUGUUCAUGCCAUCACUGCUACCCAGAAGACUGUUGACGGACCCUCAAGCAAGGACUGGAGAGGUGGCAGGGCUGCAAGCUUUAACAUCAUUCCAAGCAGCACUGGUGCUGCGAAGGCUGUUGGUAAGGUUCUUCCUGAGUUGAAUGGCAAGCUUACUGGUAUGUCCUUCCGUGUUCCUACUGUGGACGUGUCGGUUGUUGAUCUCACUGUUAGAACCGAGAAGGCUGCGUCAUACGAGGACAUUAAGAAGGCUAUAAAGGUUGCAUCUGAGGGAAACCUCAAGGGAAUCAUGGGUUAUGUUGAGGAAGAUCUGGUGUCCACCGACUUUGUUGGUGACAGCAGGUCGAGCAUUUUUGACGCCAAGGCUGGAAUUGCUCUUAACGACCAUUUCGUCAAGCUUGUCUCGUGGUACGACAACGAGUGGGGUUACAGCAACCGUGUCGUCGACCUGAUUCGCCACAUGGCCAAGACUCAGUAGAGAGCGUUCCUCUUAUGGCCUGAGUUGGAGAUUUUGAAUUCAUGCCGGAGUUAUCUAGAGAAUUUAAAUCUGGAUCCAGUCCCUUUGUCCAUGCUAGUUGGACAUGAGUCGCUACCUUUUGUUUUCCAUAUCUACUGCUGCAACCUGUAAUGGAGUUCUCCUUUUGCCUGUGGUUUGUGAAUUAUAUAAAUCGUUCAGCGCGGUCGUGAUCUUGUUACAUCUUAUUGGUUGGCUUGAUCGCAAUUCGCUAGUCU